GAUAUCAAAGAGAUAGAACAAGUCCAAAACAUGGAAGUCCAAGAAGAUGGAGACCAUUUCAUAAGCUUGCAGUUGGCUGGUUUGGCUAGCGCCCAAAUGGCUCUAAGAGCUGCAAUUGAUCUGAAAGUGUUCAGUAUAAUCGCAGAUGCAAGGCCUGAUGCUCAUCUUUCUGCAGCAGAGAUAACUUCAAAGAUCCCUACAAAAGAUCCAAGUUCUGCAGCAUGCACUUUGGAGAGGAUGCUAAGAGUUCUUGGUGCAAACUCCAUCUUAUCAAUAGCUCGAAAGCCAUUAGGAAAUAAUGGAGAACACGGAUGCCAUGAAUGGACCUAUGGCCUGACAAAGAAAAGCCGAUGCUUAGUGAGUAGCAGUACCACCGACGAGGCAACUUUCUCAACUUCAUUCAUCUUACUUGUUACUGAAAGGGAGAUGCUGGAGAGCCAACGUAUGAUCAAGGAUGCGGUGCUUGAUCCUAGAAGGUCGCCAUUCUACAAGGCCUAUGGAGUGAACUUUUAUGACUACAUGGGAGAGAAGCCAAGACUGAGACAAUUGUUCAAUGAGUUUCGAAGUUAGCUCCAAAGUAAUUUUUGAGGAUGUGUUUAAGUUUUACGGCGGCUGUU